AUGGCAUUUUUCAAAACUUUCCAGCAGAAUCUGCCUUCAGUGUCUUCUCUGGUGGACACAAUCAGUAAUGCUGUAGAAGAUUUAACCACUGCUGUUGGGGAAGUCAGCUAUGCUUUAACUGACUCGGUUGCUGAACAGGUAACAAGUAUGAUCAAUGGCUUUCGCCCAGAAGAAGAAAGCUCUGCAGCAGCAGAAGCAGAAGUAGCAGAGACCCCUCAACAAGCAAGUACCAGGUCACCAGAACUCCCCAAAGACACUAACUGUCAGAAAACAGAGUCCAGUUUAGAGCACAGAGCGAAUCGAAUCAGUUGCUACAAUACUUCAGUUUCACAAAAGCAAGAUCACAGAAUGAAUGAAGAAAGAGGAUUCAAACAUAUUAAUGACAAGCGACAGACUCUAUCAAAAUAUCAAGAAAGCAAUAAUGCUGGUGGUGAUUCUUUGUUAAAAGGUCCCCUGAGUGAUGGUGGGACAUCAGUUAUCAAACAGAAUGCAAGGGCUGGAUCUGAUUGUCAAGAACUUGAACAUCCUGACAGAUGUAAAAAAAUUGGAUUAGGAAUGCCCAAUAAGGGUAAGAGUGACUUAAAAGAGGUAAGAUAUCAAGAAAUGAAAGAAGAUCAUUUAAAGAAAGCUGAAAAACAUAUUAAAAGUAAAGGAUCUAAAGGGAGUGAGUGGUCAGGAAAGGAGUGUUCUCCAGAAGAUAUUUUGGCAAGCAACAGACAUAGGAUACAGAAACCCAUUAGGAAAGAAGGCAUACAUCCAGCACCAUCAGCUGAUUCUGAAGAGAAGUUACACGGAAAAACCAAAGAACAGGAAAGUCCAGCAAUGUGCUACAAAUUUAAAGGAGACAUAAAAACAAAGAAAAAUGAAGCCAUUUCUGCCCACAAAGGAACAGCAAAGAGUAAAGAUGAAAAGUAUUCUAAGAUAAUACCAGGAAAAGAUAAUUCCUACAUGGACAAAGAUGAGCACGGUUCUUCCUCUGAGAGCGAAGACGAGGCACUGGGUAAAUAUCACGAGGCCUUGUCCAGAACACACAAUUCCAGGCUACCAUUGGCAGAUUCAAGACAAAAGAACUAUGCUUGGGAAACAAGACAAAAGUACAGUCCUCUGUCUGCAGAAUAUGAUGGCUACAGUAGUGAAGCAUCAAUAGACGAAGGAAACUGCAUUCAGAGAAUGAGAAGAACGCCCCCACUGGAUGAACUGCAGCCACCACCGUAUCAGGACGACAGUGGUUCUCCCCAUCUCUCGUGUACGCCCUCAGAAAUUGGGGACAGUAAAUGUGAAUUUUCCCACUGCAGCAACAGUCCAAGAUGUUCAUAUAACAAGUGCCCAAGUGAAGGAAGCACAGGUCAUGAACUAGAAAGCUUUCCUAAUAAAGGAUAUGAAGAAGAUGUUCCCAGUGACAGCACUGCAGUCCUGAGCCCGGAAGAUAUGUCAGCUCAAGGAUCUUCUUCACAGCUUCCUAAACCUUUUGAUCCUGAGCCAGAAGCUAAAUAUGGCACACUGGAUGUGACUUUUGACUAUGACUCCCAAGAACAGAAGCUUCUGGUAACAGUGACAGCUGUCACAGAUAUCCCAACAUAUAACAGGACAGGUGGCAACUCAUGGCAAGUACACCUUGUUCUUCUACCUAUAAAGAAACAGAGAGCAAAAACCAGCAUCCAGAGAGGACCAUGCCCUGUCUUCACAGAAACAUUCAAAUUUAAUCAUGUUGAAUCUGAGAUGAUUGGAAAUUAUGCUGUUCGGUUUAGACUGUAUGGUGUACAUCGCAUGAAAAAAGAAAAGAUUGUGGGGGAAAAGAUUUUUUAUUUAACAAAAUUGAAUCUUCAAGGGAAAAUGUCAUUACCUGUGAUAUUGGAACCUUCUUACAAUCAUUCUGGCUGUGAUUCCCAAAUGAGUGUGUCAGAAAUGUCCUGUAGUGAAAGUACAUCCUCAUGUCAGUCUCUUGAACAUGGCUCCGUUCCAGAAAUUCUCAUUGGCCUGCUUUAUAAUGCCACCACUGGAAGACUAUCAGCUGAAGUGAUAAAAGGCAGCCACUUCAAAAAUUUGGCAGCAAACAGACCACCCAAUACGUAUGUCAAAUUAACUCUCCUGAAUUCCAUGGGUCAAGAGAUGUCCAAAUGCAAGACUUCCAUCCGCAGAGGGCAGCCUAAUCCAGUAUACAAGGAAACUUUUGUUUUUCAAGUGGCCCUAUUUCAACUUUCUGAUGUGACACUCAUACUGUCUGUGUAUAACAAACGCAGCAUGAAAAGGAAAGAGAUGAUAGGCUGGAUUUCUUUAGGUCUCAACAGCUCUGGAGAAGAGGAGCUCAAUCACUGGACUGAAAUGAAAGAGUCGAAAGGACAGCAAGUGUGUAGAUGGCAUGCGUUACUAGAGUCAUGAUGAAUAGGAUAACUGAGCAAUUACAAUCCGAGGCAGCAUUAUCUCUGAUUGCAGCAUUGCUAUUUUUACCUAGUCACCAUUAGAAGAGCUAUUCUCUGAAGCGUCAUCCUCACCAUUCUACCCGAAUGCUUUAAGGUCUGUGGAAAGAGCAUCUAACACUGACAUCAAUGAAGAAACGAUGUGUCUCUGGUAGAGCUUCUUGGGGAAAUGAGACACUUGCAUCAUCAUUGUUAACAGUCCUCCAGAGCUUUAAGAACGGGCUUUUGGUUUAAAGUUAAGUUUACUUUAGCAAAAGAGUCAGUAAUUUCAUGGAAAAAAAAAUAAUAAAAACUGUGAUUUUUUUUUUCUUUAAAUCAGAAUUUUUAGUUGCAACACUUUUAGGAUUACCCUAAAUAUUAACCAGGAAACACAUAUUUUGACUGGCUCAUCCCUAGUGUUGGAAAUGUUUCUUAAUCUGAAAAAGUACAUGUCCAGCUCAAUCAUGAGGCACAUCUAAUGGUAAAGGGUUUCAAUUACACAGAAAAUUGUUUUAUUUCAGAUAUUUUCCCUUUGUGCACUUAGUUUCAUUGUGCCUCAGUUCUUCUCAAUGGCACUCAAUUUCAAGUGCAAGCAAGUGUUCAUUUUCAUAAAGUAAUUUUUUUAAUAUUUAUUUAAAAAAAAAAUCUCAUUUCUUCAUUUGCCUCUGCUUUCGCCUGAUCCAAAGAGACCCAGUCACUGGACUGGUCCCUUGCAAGUCUUUUAGACAGGUUGUACUGUAGAACCACGUAACUUUCUGUUGAAAGCACUUCCUGUAUUCUUGUAUUCCAAUGUAGGAAGCUAAUAGAGCAGGACUUUACUUUAAAAUUUCUUUCAACAAUUGACUCUUUAAAAUUGUAGUAGUGUGAAAAUACAUUUUUUACAAACUAAAAAAAUAUAAUAGAUAAGCUGUUGAAAAUUGAAAACAGCUCAAGUUAAAGAAAAUGUUAAUUAUCUGCUCUGAGAAUGGAGUGACCAACACUGCAUAAAGCAGGUAGUGUUCUGAUAAGAAACUGUUCUCUCUAAAUCUUCUUCAGUCUUACUUCAAUUUGUACUUGUGAUCUAAAGACUCUCCAGUUCUCAGUUUGAAUCAAAACAUCACGUUAAAAACAGUUCUGAGAUUCCUUAUGAAAUUUCUAGUGACCUGUGACUAGAUUUUAUGAAACUUACAGAUCCGUUCUUCAACGUGACGUCAUCCUGUGCCUUUCAUGUAAGUUACAUUUGCUCAUACAGCUUGAAAGUUGUAUUUGCAAAAUUAGGCCUUCGAUUUUUAUAAAUGUAAAGAUUCCUCAGAACAGUGUCACAAGAUCUUUAUUUCCUCUGAAGUAUGUAAAAGUUGUAUAAUGUGCUAAUUUUUUUAAAUGGCAAGGCAUUUUCAUUUGUUGUUUUUAUAUUUAGGAACUCUUAUUAAUCAGGAAUAUUAUAAGCUGUUUUCUUUUUAAUUUUGCUUCUUACCCAGUAUAUAAUUUUUUGCAUAAUACUUUAUUAAAUAGAAUGUUUUGUAUAUAUGAAAAAUACUUUCUUUCUUCGCUUUUUAAUUUCUAAUUAAACUAGACAAAAACAUACUAUUUACCAGUUACUAAAAAGCAGCAUACCAUUAUUCCUAGUCCCAACUAAGCACUAUAUAUUAUUGUAAGCAAGGACUUGUUAUUACCAUGAUAACAAAACCAUGCAUAGACAUUAUUACUUCAGCUUGGCUCUACUGAAAGGCCUUAAAAGAAAUCCAAAAAGACCGUGAACUAAAAUUUUUUCGUUUAAAAAAUGGCAGCUCUAUGCACUCAUAUACACAAAUUAUAAGAUAACCUACAGAUGCUAUAUUGGGUGGCAUGAGGUUUAAGAAUGUGUGUUACAGAGUUACAUGAAAGAGAAAAACCCAUUCUUUGAUUGUUACACUCAUGAGCUUUUUCCAAGGUUUUUUUUAUAAAUUAGUUAAGUUAUAAAGCUAGAAUGUGCAUCAAAUAGUGAAAUAUCUCAUAUACAUUAUUUUCAGCGACAGUAUGGAAAGAGAUUUGAAGGUGGGUUGUAGACCUUCGUGAGAAAUUGGAUUUAAGCAUUUGAGGCAACAAGGGUCUUUACUGGCUUUGAAACAACUGACUGCAUUGCUAGGAACUGGGAUCUUCCUAAUGGAAAGAGUUAGUCUUAUUCGUAGCUGUAACAAAGACUAAUCAAUAGUCACAUCAUGAGACCAAUGUAGUGCUUUCUCCUUCGGUGAUGAAAGGACCUAACUCGCUGUUAUUUGAUAAAUCUGGCUUUCUUCAGACUUUGCCCAGAACUGUGUGUGCUUUGGUACAUCACUAUGAGGUUAUCUGGUAUAGAUAUCAAAUCCAAUAUGGUUUAAAAAUUAAUCAAAAUAUUUAAAGGUUUUCAAGAAGGACCCUACCUCCACCCCAGCUGCCAAGUUCUCAAAGAUUAAGAAUUUAUGUGUAUGCAUAUCUGUAUACACACACAUGCCUACGCACGCACACACACACGUAAAGGUGAAGGUGCCCUGGCUUUUUCAGAUAACUAAUUAGAGAACCAUUUAUCAAGUUUAUGAAUUAUUUUUCUCCUGUAUAUAUUUACUAAAAAUUAUAUUUGGUUUUGGGUGCUAUUUGCUACCAUUCUCCUCCACACACAGAAAAAUAUGUAUCUUUUUAUCUUGUGGAUUGACACAACUUAGAGUAAUUACUCCCCCAAAUUUGUCUAUUCUUUUAGAAGAAAUUAAAUAGGUCUCAAGAGACCCACUUCACUCUACUGAAUCUAAUGUACAAGACAGUACUACUGCUCUUUUGUGUGCUUAAAUUUGCAUGAAAGCAUAAAGGCAAAAUCCUAUAUCUCAGCAAUUUGCAGCAAAUAGGGGCCCACUGGUGGGCAGCAGGUGCUGUCUCAGAAACUUGAGAAAGACAACCCACUUUCUUGUUCUUCUCUUAAAGUCCCCUAAGUUUUAUAAUAAAAUAAGAUAGUCUGAAUAUGGCAAUUGACUGGCAUUCAUGGGAGCUCCUGAGCCUGGAAUUACAGGCUUUAUCUGUCUCCCAAAUGAGCUGCAAAAUGUAGUUGUUUAUUACUGCCCGGGAAACAAAGUGUAUUUCAAAUCAGAAAAGAAUUUGUUUAGUAAAAUAUCAUCUUACCUUUCAGAGGCUUUCUUCUAUACUCUCGUGUCUUCUGUACUAUCCACAUUUUGUGUGAAAUCCAUUUAUUUGUCUUCUUACUGUGCAUUCUGUGUAUUCUCUGUAAUGUAUUUAGUGACAAAAAUAAUCAGUCAAACUACAAUUUUAAAAAGGAAAAACCAGUAAGAAAAUAUUGAAGCUACCUCGAUUAGUACACACAUGUUUAAGUGUAGGGCCUGGUAGGGUGGUUUCAUCCAGCCUCGUGCAAAUCAAUGCCCAGGGCUACAUGUUAAAUCAUUUUCUUGAUAUACCGUCAUUAUUUUCAUUUACUUAGCAAGUGAAUCAGAAGCACAAUCCAUGAUUGCAAGGUAAGACAGCAUCCGAAGGAUAAGAGGUCAUAGAAUUGAGGGUGUUAAGACAAACAGCUCUUCAAGUGAACUGAGAGGCUAUUUGAAGAUUCAGAUGAAGUAAGAAAAGUAAUCACCAACAAAUUUUUUUCCUGACAUAAAAAGAAAUAACACAAAUCCACUGGCCUAAAAUUGCCAUUUGCCUACAUGGACUAGAUGGCUGAUUCGUAGAUUUUUCUCAUCAAUGGUCAUUACAUUAUUUCACACUGAUUGUUACCAUCCAGAAGUUUUACUUCUUGUGUUUCUCCAUUCACCACCCCCCAGUUCACCCUGCACUCCAGCCUGCACUGGAGGUAGCGAUCAUUAUCCCCACCGGCGGAACUCAACGUUGAGCAGAAAGUUAAAUACACAAUGAAACAGUUUUUAAAUUAACUUCUAAAACAUCAUCUGUGCCCACAAAAAAAUGUAUAAUAGUAAUGAUGGUAACUGCUAUAAUUUAUUAAGGUCUACCAUAAUAAUUUAUUAUUUUGAUUCUCACAAUAACGCUGUGAAGCAAAUAAUCUUUACAAAUUUUAUGAUGAAGAAACUACCACAUAGGGGUUAAGCAGACUUGUCUUAAGGUCAUCCAGUAAGUAAAUAGUAGAGCUAAGAUUAGAACCUAGGUAUAAAUUACUCUAACGCCUAUACUACGCACAUUGCAAUUGAACCCGUCUGUACCAGUUGCAAGAAAAACAGGACAACAUUGUUACUUACCAGUAAUUCCACCCACCUUAAUGGGAUGGCAGAACUAGACAAGAGAAAGAAAAAUCAGAUCUUGGGAAAGAGAAACAAGACAAAGAAGAAAAUGAGAUCAGAGAUCUCCCUUCCUCCCUGCCCCAGGACACAAGUGGUACUUCUGUGUAAUACUCUGUAGAUGACUUUUGAUUUCCAGAGACUUGGAGACUAAUUUACUCUACAAAUGUAGCCUAUACUUACAUUCUGAAAAUAUGCUAAACAAUAUAUUCUGCUCCCUGUCUACUACUUCUGGGAAUCCAAGGUAUUUUAAGUGUAUCUGAUCACCUUUCUAUGAAGGACGUAUCUUGUAUCCUUUAGCAGGUAUCUUGCCCCUUUCAGUGGUGAGAGAAAUGACCCUGUCUUCCUCUGUGCUCUUCUUGUAAUUUAUGUUUCUUACAUAUCUUUUAUUAAGGCUUAACUGGAUUACAUGGAUUUCUUUCUUCCUUAAUAGCAGUAAAUGCCUUGUCUUGCUAUCUUUAUGUACCCCUUGCUCAUAGUAGGCAUAUAAUAAGUACCGAAUCAAACUAAAUUUCUUAUAGAAGAAGUCAAUAAUACUGUUAUAUAGGUCUUAAUUUUAUGACUCUUAUGUAAUGCAUGGAUUUAUUUACUCCUUUACUUUGUAUAUUUAUAAGGACACCUACUAUGUGUCAUGUAUUGUUCCAAGUGCUACAGAUGCAGAGGUAGUGUAUGAGAGAGACAAAGUCUUUCUGCUCUCAUGGAGCUUGCAUUCUAAGGUGGGGAGACAGCCAAAGAAAGAUAGGCAUUUAGUAGAGUAAAACUUGGGAUCAGAAUAAUCUUCUGGAGAAGGUUACCCUUGAGUUGGAUCUUAAAGAACAGACACAAGGAAUAUAUUUUCAAAAUUUGAAGCAAAUGUAGUAUGUCCCAAACUAUGGUGUUGAAGAAUUAUUUCGAGAACUUAAUUUGUAUUCCAAAGCCCCGCCUCCAGAGAUGUUUGUUUCAUUUGGUCUGGAGUGGAGUCCACAAAUCUACAUUUUAUUAAGCUUUCCAGGAGAUUCUGUGUGAGAUACCCCGGUAUAGAAUAUUGAGCUCAAUACUGAUAGCAUUGUUUCAGUGUCCAUAGAUUAAAUUUAUAAGAGUGAUAAAUAAGAGUGAGAUUAUGACUGGCAUUAGUGCUAUUGAUCUUUUAUUUGUGCUUUCUUAAAAAGGAAAAUGUUUAAAAAAAAACAUUAAAAGUGAUAUUUAAUUAUGAGUUCCUCUAUAUUCUCAUCCAACAUAACGUUUUCAGUGUUCCCUGGUAUAAUAAAUACUGUUAUGUUGGUCUUAUGAUUCCUGAAAAGUGCUUUGGUUUAUGGCUCACAUAGCCCCCCUGUAAGCUGUCCUUACAGUGAUAAAUAGGAGUCAGAGAGAGAGUCUGAGGAGCUAUUCGCUGAGUGUCUGUCUGUCUGUCUGUAUUCUUGGUGGAGUUGGGCUGCCUUGUAGGUAAGUUUGUAGUGACAGCUGCAGAUGGUGGCAUUUUCCAUUCCUGUUGUAGUACGUUUGUUGCCUUUGGGCUUCAUGGUCUGUGGCUUCUCUGUCUUCACUCUCAUCACAUGAACUUCAUUCUUGGCUUCCUCACUAGCCACACAUUCCUAUCCCUUCUUCUCUGAUCUCUAUUUCCUUGGUUCUUUCUGCUCUAAGGAUCUUUUAUUUCAAAGAGCAAAUUAAUAUAGCAGGCUCAGGCCUUCCUCUUUCUCUAAGAAUAAAUAUUCUGUGUGGAGUUCAUCGGGGUUUCCUUCUCCCCUCAUUUAAAACGUAGACCUACCUCCUCUUGUGGAAUACUUCACAUGGAUAGAUUUUACAUUUGGAAACAUCUUUCUCCCCCGACAAAGAUCUGUGAUUAACCCACUGAAAAGGGCGGUUAUUUGAAUACUGGGAGUGCUCUGGUGUGAAACUGGCUGUUUUGGAACAACUGCUGCUAUAUCGUUGUAUUUGCUCUGGUUAUAACCCGAGACCUGGUUGAUGCAAGUUUAACGUGAAAGUGUGGGAUGGACUGGAAUUAUGAGUCCCAUAUCAAAAAGGAGUCUUGCUUGCUCUUUUUUGUCCCUAUGUAGACAGAUGCGUGUCUCUUUACAACCCUUUCUUCUCUCUUCCUCCCUGCCCUUUUGCCCAUUCGCAUCCAUGCGCACUCACACCAAAUACCGCAGUUCAUCAAAGCCGAAUGAGAUCUACUGAAAAGUGAGACCCUGACUUUUUUUUCCCCCCUUCAUCACAUGGACCAGACAGUGGGAGGACCAGUCGGGUUUUCCCCACCACUAGAGGGAGCAAAGCAUGGCGCUCCUUCCUCACUGGAGGUCUUGGUCACUCUGGUGAUCAGCGCUGUGCUUCCCUCCGCUACUGGGAAUGUCGUGGGGGUCGGGAGCGGAGAAGGAAACGAGUAUGAAUCUAACGCAAGUUUGGCAUACUUGUAUUAUAGAAUCUCCACCCUUAGCACAUAAAAAUUCCUAAAUAACUGCAAACAAAGUCACUGCUGUGGCAGUCGUUUUGCAAGAUAUUUGGUAUUAUUUCCAUGUCAGUUUGUCAGUCUGUAUCUUCCAUUGCCCUACUAGUAUACUUUCCAUCUUCACCUUUUUCUUUAUUAUUCUAAUUAGUAUUUGAUGCUUGAGCUUGUCUCUUAAAUAUUCAAGGCUGCCUUAAAAAGAACACCCUUACUACCUUUCUGUUUAUACCUUUAACAUGUGAUCUCCCACCUGACAAAUUGUUUUUAAAAAUGAAUACCCAAUAGAUGAACUAUAAUACUCCAUUAUACACCAAAACAAUAAUUUUCUGAAGUUUGUUUCUAUAUUCAGAUAUUGCUAGAAUGCUUAUUUCCAUAAAUCUAAGGAGAUAAUAUUAUUUUUUCUUGAAAUUUUUAUUUAAAUUCUAGCUAGUUAACAUCCAGUGCAGUUAAUAUUAAAUGCAACUAUUUUGCUUAAUGAGAAAGUAGGAAUUUCCCCAUAUCUCUGAGACUGAUUGUCUUGCCUCACAUCUGGCUGAAGGGGGAUGGUUGUGAGCCUCUUACCAGCCCUUCAUCUGUCAGUUUCUGAGUGUACUCAGCUCCUCCGCACAUAUUGUUUCCAGUAACAACCGAACCUUUUCAACCCUGAGGGUAGGUCCUCCACAAUGAUCCUUUUCCUAACUUUCACUAAGGCGGAUGGGAGGACUUACAUGAGCACCAAUAGGAAGAAAGAACCCCGAAAGCCUAACGGAACAGUAUCUUAGAGCCCUGGCAUGGGACUUUAACCCAAAUACCUACAGGUGAUUCUAGUCAUAACAGAGUAGAAACCAACUUCCCAGAAGUGAGAUUUUAGGACGUUACGUCCUAUCCUAAAUUCCCUCCUUUUGGGUAUCUUCUCUCUCUUUCUUUCUUUCUUUCUUUCUUUCUUUCUUUCUUUCCUUCCUUCUAAUUUUGUGAGGAAGUCUUAAAAAGCAAUGGUUUUAAAAAUGUCAAAUGUUGACCUAACUGGGCAGGAUUUCAGAAAAGGGAAACUGAAGUAAAGACCAUAGAGUCAUAGGAAGGCUUGUGUUGGGAGGGAGGGGCAGAUGGCAUUUGUUUUUCUUUGGGGGGUCCUUCUGGACAAAUACUGAGAACAUUUACAACAUUCUGUGAUUAUGUCACAUUUGUUUUGUGAGGGGAAACCAGAGUAGCUUUUGCCUAUUAAUCAGCUCAUUUAGUACUUAAGUAUAUUUAAACAAUUAUUUGAAGCACAGCUAGAAUAUAAUGGUGACACUUCUAACAGUAUUUUGCAAUUAUAAAUAUUACUUUAAAUUUACUUGAGAAAGUUUCCAAUAGUAGCUUGCAUUACAAAAUUAAUUUAUAAUGUUUCUGCAUAAUUUUAAUUAGAUGAUUUCUGGUUUUGUGGUGAAAAUAUAGUGGCAACAAUUUUGAGGAAUCUUUAAAACUGUAGUAGAGAGGACAGCCAGACUUUUGCUGGGUUUUUAUUAGAAUUUUGAAACAAGAAAGUGUUAUCAAUGUUCCUUUUCAGUUCAGUUAGUCUUGAGGAAGAACCAAUUGUAUGAGCUUUAAGGUUCUUGAUAAAUGUUAAGAUCUAUUUUUUUUCUAAAACUCAUGAUGCUCACCACUGCUCAAUAUUCUUACAUUGUGUUUUAUUUCUCAAAAUAAUGUAAUUUUUAUGGAAAACUCAAUUAGUGGAAUCUUAUGUUGAAUAUCCCCUUACUUUGCUUCUUUCCUUUCUUCCUAUUUUCUUCUUUCUUUUCUUUCCUUUUUCUUUCUUUCUUUCUUUUUUUUUGGAGGCAAAAAGACUUCCUUAAUAGUAUAGUUUCUACAGAGCUUUCUUACUUAUUUUUCUAAUAAUGGAUAUAACAGUGUGAUGAAGUUUAAAUGCUCUGUGAGCAAAACUCUAUUAAACAACCUGAAGAAAAUGCACUGCUGAUUAACAUUUCCCUUGGUCUUCAAUUGUCUCCAACAUAUUUUCUAGUGACUCUACACCAUUAAUGGAUCUUAUUAAUAUAUAUAAAUGUCUUUAUGUUUAUCAACAGUGUUGUACUAUCGUCACAUAUUCAUUUGUGUUUGGGGUCAAAAAUAUAAACAGAUGCGUGUGUGAAACGACCUAUUUUAUAGAAUGAGCAUAUAUCUAAUCAUUUUCAUGUAAUUGAAAAUGUGCUAUAUGUGGCAUUUUAUUCUCCUAUCUACUUUUCUACUAUCUAUACACCGAUUGUCUCGGUGCAUUUUUCCUUUUGUAUAAUUGUAUUACAUAAAAAAUCGCUGACCUCUCUGUAAACAAUAUAAGAACUGUUAAAAUUAUUAAUCCAAGGAGAUUUUAAUGGCAGUUUGAUUUUCCAGAGAAUAAAUUUUUGUGUGGGUUAAAAGUUUUCUUUUCUUCACCUUUCUGUCAAAAAUCUCCUCACGCUUUAGCAUUCACUUGAAUGGGUAAGCCUCCAUCUUCUCAGAUGAGGAUACACAAAAAUCAGCCCAAAUUCUUAUCCUUGACAAGUGUAGAUGUGUUCCUUGCCCAAUAUAAUGUCGAUUGCAUAAGCAAAUAUUGGAUUGAGACAUGGAAAUGUUGUUAAGAUAUCAGGUUUAAAAGGAUUGCGUUUCAGCAUGCUGUAAAAUAUUGCUAUCACAAUGUUUGGGUUAUUUUAUUUUCUUUAAUUCUAAGUCAAAUGUGACCUCCAAAGAAAACAGACUACAGCAAAUUUAAACAUUUUAAAAUCAUCGCCUUUAAAGUUCACAAAUAAGUCAAGAAGGAAACUAGCUUCACAGUGAUUUCAGUAUCUCGAGCUGAAACAAGCCUAGCUUACUGGGAAUGUGUCCUAAUUCAUAUCGGUAUCGUCAUUCUACUUAACAAAAUCAUUCUGUAUUUGGCAAUAGCAGUUUGUUGAUUUCCAAUCCUUCCUUAUUAGGCAUUUAUAAUAUUAUUUCCCAAAGACCUUGAGUUUAGAUAUAUUUUUCAUAUUUUAUUUCCCUGUCCAUUUUAUGUCCAACAACAAAAAUUUUUAAAAAACAGACUUUACAAGUACUGUUUUCCAUAUUGAAAAGAAUUUCAACUUUUGGUGCUCUAAAAUUGACAGAAAUUAAAGUUGCUACUAUACUAUCUAAUCUCUGAUUGUCUUCGAAUCUUCAGUUCCAUAAGCUAACCAGAAGCCUUCUUUAGUUAACUUUUUUAAAGAGUAAAACACCAAUGCUUGAUUUCUCUGGCUUAAUUCUUUUCAUUAAAAUUAAAUUUCAGUAGGGCUACCUCUACUGAAACACAAAAUGUGAAACAAUUUUGCUUAAACUAAAUGGGUUCAUAAUUUAAUCUCCAACUAAGUUUAAGGAAAUUGUAUCCCUUCCCAGUAUUUGCGGCUGAAUUCAUCCCUCCCCUGACUCCCCCAAAAAGGUUAAGUUUCCACUAUUAAGACAUUUAAGGUUAAAGAAGCAAAAAUAAUAGACUUCCUUAUUCAUUUACUCCAAAAAUAAGUGAUUGUCUGUCACAGAAUUGCAAUUGAUAUAAAGUGAAAUUUCCAGCAGAAAAUACACACACCUGCAUUCUAACUAGAAAAUCAUUAAUUUAUGUUUUUA